GACACGCGGGGCACGCUGGGAGGAGUGGCGGGAGCGCGGAGGGCGGGAGAGCUCGGGCUGGUCCCGGGGCCGAUCCCGAUCCCAGUGCCGCUGUCGCCGGUCGCGAUGCUCCGUCGGAAGCCGACGCGGCUGGAGCUGAAGCUGGACGACAUCGAGGAGUUCGAGAGCGUGCGGAAGGAGCUGGAGGGCCGCAGGAAGCAGCGCGACGAGGCGGAGGCGGCGGCGGGCGGGGAGGAGGCGGCGGCGCUCGCGCUGGGCACGGAGCACAAGAGCCGCGAGCAGCUCAUCAAUGAGCGCAUCGGGUACAAACCGCAGCCCAAGGCCGGCGGGCGGACCGCGCACUUCGGCACCUUCGAGUUCUGAGGCCCGGAGGGGCCUCGCCCUCCCCCUCGGCGCUCUCCCUUUUCGGUUGCCUUGGUUUUUUAAGUUCGGUUAACACACCCAUGAACGCCCCUCUUGGCCCAGUGUUUUGUUUUAAAUAAACACGUCCUUUUUUAAAAAAAAA